AACAACAAACUCACCAGCAUCAACACCCUCAGCAUCAGCAGCAGCAACAGCAGCACAAAUCGAUUCAGAAGGGUCAGAAGAAUGAUCCUUCGAACAAGCUCAAUGAUUCUUCCUGCAUGGUGGCAGCUACCAAACAACAGCAGGGAGCAACCGGUACCGAGCCCUCGGCAUGCCAUGGUGGAACGGUUCAGCAACAGCAGAAUCUUCACUUGAUGAAAGGAGCGUUUCCGGUUGCAACCGAUCCAGAUCUCCAUUCGGACAACAGUGCCACGGGUGGUGGUAACACGGUGGCAGCCGAUAUGAAGACGACAGCUAUCGGCGGAGCAGGAGGGACACCGAACGAUGUGCAUUCCCUCGGCGUGUAUACCCCAGAAUCGACCAGCAACUCGGUCCAGAGUCUUCAUCAGUACGGUCAGUGCGAUUUAGACGUCAGUCAACUGGGUCUGGAGUCACCGGCCAGCAUCUCGAGCGAUAUGACGUCGCAAAAUUCGGCCGACGCUAUUAGACCACCGAGUGUUGUAUCGCAGCAUGUUGGACCUUACUCAGAUUGUUCGGUGCAUCAGCAGCAGCAGCAGCAGCACCAACAACAUCAAUCUCAGAUGCAUAUGAGUAUGCAUACACACGUACCGGAAACCAGUCCUCAGCAUGCACCACAGCAACAGCAACAGAUGACCAUAAUUGCUAACAACGCUGGAGCAGGUGCUGGUGGUGGUGGUGGUGGCGGCGGCAACAAUGGCAACAGGGGUAAACAACAUCCGGCUCAUUUGGGACAGCAGCAACAACAGCAAAUACAACAUGCUGCUGCCAGUGGUGGUCGAGGAGCUGGAACACAAAGAUCUUCCACUCCGAAGGUGUCCCGCAACACGCCAACACCAGGUGGCAGUCAACAGCAACGACACCAAAGCCGUACAACACCGCCAGUUGUAAGUAAUGUCAUUCAACCGAUCGUAAGCCCUGGCCAUCAUCAACAGCAUCAACAGCAGCAGCAGCAGCAGCAAGCGGCCAUGCAAGCAGCGAGUAUGAACCAACAGCAACAGCAACAACAACAGCAGCAGCAGCAGCUGGCCUUGCAACAACAAAUGCAUCAAUCCUACGGCCAAUCGUUGAACCACCAGGCGCAUUCACAGAACAUGCAUCAAGCGGCGGUCGUAGCGGCAGCCGCUGCAUCAGGUGGCGGUGGUGGUGGUUACCUCGGACCACAGCUCGGCCUAGCUGGGCAGGGACCCCCCUACCACCCUCAGUCACCGACCUCAUAUGGCAGCGUUAUACAGCAUCGGAUGUCGAACAAUCAUACACCGGCCAGCCUGCAUAGCCCCCAUCAGCGGCUGGGUGCUUCACCCGUAUCAUCCUGUGCCGUGUCGUCGGGCAACAAUUUCUACGUGCAACAGCAGCAGCAAUCCAGUGUCUCUCAUUCCGGAUCACACACACCAAUCCCGCAAACACCGACGCCUGCACCAACGCCCACCCCAACUCCCACCCCUCAUCUUGAGCCACAAUCAUGUCAAGGUGCUGGGGCGGGUCAGUUGCAGCAACAGCAAGGAUCUCUGUCCUGUCUUUCGAAGUUACAGCAGCUGACCACCAAUGUGGAUAUCUGUAACUCACCUGUCACACCUCCACCGUCCGCUCACCACGCACCACAUCCGCAUGGACCCGGCGGAGCAGCGGCCGGCGGGCCACCAGGUGGAGGACCUGCCGGAGGAGUUGCCAAUAACAUGGUGGCACAGAACGUGGCACGCAACAUCUCCACCCCACCGAUGCACUCGGCUCAGAUGUCCUCCAUUAACUAUCACAAGUACUACACGAGCAACAUGAAUGUACCGCCGACGAUCGCGGCGCAGAACGCGGCGGCUGCCGCUGCUGCGGCCGGUGCGGUGCGGCGAAACGCGUCAAGUGCUCAGAUACAACACAUGGCUGCCGCUGCUGCCGCCAACACGUCCAGUCGCGUCAGUCCGAACGUGGCGAUCAGCACGAACCUGAUGUCACCGUACGGUUCUCUGAACGGGUAUCGCAUGACGGCUGCGCAGUCCACCGGUACCGGUGGCUACAUUGGUAGUCCGGCGGCCGGAUUCAUACAAAACCCUGCGCAGCUUGGUCCGGCCGUGCAGAUGAUGAACAUGCAGUCCCAGUACCAGGACCCGAGUGCCAUUCAGCGGGCCCAGCAGAACUCCAUGUACUCUUCGUACUCGGCCUACCUGCCCGCCAUGAGACGCUAGUCUGACGACGACAGUGAGUCGAGCGUCGGAGAGAAACACGAGCGACGUCGAACACGAGCAUCACAUCUGCACACUGCAAACCGUAUGAAAAUAGUAGCUAGCUAGAUAAAAGGUGGUUGAUUCAGCGAUCCUCCUCACCCUUCAAUCACAAUCAUGCUCAUUGACAUCAUUUAGAACCCCUGUGUACUUCAACAUCUCCUGUGUAUUCCAUGCUUGGUUUUGUUUGCAGAACUGUAGGGUAGAGUCCGAGAAAGAUGGUUCUGCGAUGAAGUCUCCUAACGGAUAAU